AGCAACCAAAGUCCCGAAAAUAAUGUGUAGAGAAUAGAAGCAACAACUUACAUUAGAGCUUAAUGAACUUUCAACUUAAAAUGUUCAAGUUUGCCCAUGUCACUUUGCUUUCACAUUACUGUCCUUAGCCUGCUGCUCUGUUUGGUGUGUUCAGUUUACGCAAAGUCCUGAUCCUGAAAACGUGAAGAGACAGAGGACGUCAGCAGCAGCAGCAGCAGUCCGGGAAUGCGCGCACCGCUGGAGGCAGUCGAACUGCAGAGCGGAGCCUCCGUGUAAAGCAACUCCGGCUGAUGUUAGCGGCGGAGAGGAGAGGAGAGGGACGGACGGGAAGAGCUGGAGCUGGGUGGGCAUGAUAUGUGAGCAAAGUCUGCACAGAUACAACACACAUUCAAAGUAGCUAUGUCUGUGGCACGGCGCUCCGCUGGACUUUGCGCAGGUGAAUGAGAGCUCCGCAGUGGCUUUAAGCCCCUUUUCCUUCCGCCGCCGAAAGAGAUUUAAAGGAGGGAGAAGAGCGACGAGGUGGUGCCCGCUUCACCCCGCUACAGUCUGACAGGUGCAGCCGCCAGGAGAGGGACGGAGGCAGAGCUGCUGCUUAAUUAACUCUCCGACCAGCAAGAACACAGGGACGAGCUGCGGAGACAGGAGCGCAACGGAGAGGACACUAUGUCAAAGGAGACAAAAGGGAGAGGUUCAGGGCGAAAGCACAGCGCCUCUCAUUGGCGUCUGCAGAACAUUGCACAAGAAUCAGUCGAAAGCUCCGAUGAGGAGUUUUUUGAUGCCAGAGAUGUUAUGGAGGGAAAGAGCGCCAUUCUGCUGGGCAUGAGUCAAUGGAACUCAAAUGACCUGGUGGAGCAGAUCGAAACUCUGGCACAUAUGGAGGACCAGUCGCAUGAGGGUCUGUAUCAGCUGGGAGGUCGACGCUGUGCCCCUCAGAGCAGCAUUGAAGGGCUGGAUGAUGCAGAGAGGAAAUGUAAAACCUAUGUGCUGGUGCUCGUGGUGCACGGAGGAAACAUCUUGGACACAGCAGGCGGAGACCCGAGCACAAAGGCUGGUGAUGUGGCCACGCUGGCCUCAGUGCUGGAGAAGGUGACGCAGGCGCAUUUCCAAGCCACCAAGGAGCAUGUGAUGAUCAAACUGGUGCCGUGUCCGGCCGUGUGUGCUGAAGCCUUCUCUCUAGUGUCUAAUCUGAACCCGUACAGCUACGAUGAGAGCUGUGUGUCCAGCAGCGUCGACCACCUGCCUCUGGCUGCGCUCCCGCUCCUCGCUAUUGUGUCCCCACGCUACCAGGUUGCCGUGGCGACCGUCAUCGACAGAGCCAACCAGGUUUAUCGCAGCUUCCUGCAGUCUGAAGACGGCCAGGGAUUUACAGGGCAGGUUUGUUUGAUGGGCGACUGCGUGGGUGGAGUGCUGUGCUUUGAUGCUUUGUGCUUCAGCAACCACCCGAGGCCUGGUAGCCCCAACAGCAGCAGCAGGGACAACAGCACAGAGAGCCUGAAGGAUAACACAGGUCGACUGCAAGAGUCAAGUCCUGGUCUGAGCUCAAGCAAGAGGCUGAGUAAGAGCAACAUCGACAUUUCUGCUCCCAAUGAAGGCCAGGGCAGUCCGUCGCUUAGCCGCAAGCAGAGUGACUCAUAUGAUGGAGACUCAUCCUCCACAGGCCAGCACAACUUUUUUCCCAGUUUGAUGAAAGAGAGUGUGGAGGUGCGUGGUGGCAGCAGCACCAGUCUGGUGCUGAAUCCAGGCCGCUUUGACUUUGAGGUAUCAGACUGCUUCCUUUUGGGCUGUCCGCUGGGACUGGUGUUGGCGAUGAGACGCACUGUGUUGCCUGCCAUUCACGUGGGCCAGCUUCAUCCAGCGUGUUCCCAGAUCUUCAACCUGUUUUAUCCCUCAGACCCUUCAGCCUCCAGACUAGAGCCCCUACUACAGCCUCUUUUCCAUAAGCUGCCACCGUUUGCUGUGCCACGCUACCAGCGCUACCCUCUCGGAGAUGGGCGCUCACUCCUCAUUGCAGAAAGCAUCCAAACCAAUCCAGCUGUGUUUCUGGAAGGUGACAAAUCUCACGGAGGUCCAGCCUCACAGCAUUCCUCUGAGGCGAAGACUGAGGGAGGAGGUAGAGAGGGGAGAGGUCGUAGAGGUAGUGUUACCAGCGUGGGAAGUGAAAUGUCAGUUUGCUCCAUGAGCCAGCUGGGGAACACCAUUGCUAACAUUUCCAGUAGCUGGUGGGGCUCCAAGAGGCUGGACUAUGCUUUAUACUGCCCUGAUGUGCUCACUGCCUUCCCAACAGUGGCUCUGCCACAUCUUUUUCAUGCCUCCUACUGGGAGUCCACUGAUGUUGCAGCUUUUGUUCUCCGCCAGCUCAUGCGAUGCGACUGUGUGAGGACCCAGGAAGCAGACAACUUGGACUCGGCUCCAUUUUCCCCUUCUAGCCCACGCGAGAAAUGGCUCAGGAGGAGGACACAUGUCAAGCUAAGGAAUGUCACAGCUAACCACAGGGUGAAUGAUGUCAUAGCAACAGAAGAUGGACCUCAGACUUUAGUUGGUCGCUUCAUGUAUGGACCCUUGGACAUGGUUACUCUAACUGGAGAAAAGGUUGACAUCCUGGUGAUGACUCAACCCCAGUCUGGCCGCUGGGUGCCCUUUGACAUGGAGUUGACCAACAGCAGUGGCAGGGUCACAUACACCAUUCCCGAAAGCAAGAAGCUCGGCUUGGGAGUAUAUCCAGUUAAAAUGGUGGUCAAGGGGGACCAAACCAGCACAGAGGCAUACCUGACUGUAUUACCACGCGGCAUGGAGUGUGUGGUCUUCAGCAUUGAUGGAUCUUUUGCUGCUAGUGUGUCCAUCAUGGGCAGCGACCCCAAGGUCCGACCUGGAGCUGUUGAUGUUGUCAGGCACUGGCAGGACCUUGGAUAUCUUAUCAUCUACAUCACGGGCCGGCCUGACAUGCAGAAGCAGCGAGUGGUAUCUUGGCUCUCGCAACACAAUUUCCCGCACGGGAUGAUCUUCUUUUCUGAAGGGCUGGUGCACGAUCCCCUGCGACAGAAGACCAUCUUUCUCAAAAACCUCAUACAGGAGUGUCACAUUAAGAUAAACUCUGCUUAUGGCUCCAUGAAGGACAUCUGUGUUUACAACAUGUUAGGCCUAAGCCCCUCACAGAUUUACAUCGUCGGCAGACCUUCAAAGAAGUACCAGAAUCAAUGCCAGUUCUUGAGCGAGGGUUACGCGGCCCACCUCUCCACACUUCAGUUCGGGCAGAGAGCCAGACCUAAGAAAUCCCCUUCGGUUCGCAUGGUCCUGAGAAAAGGCUCGUUUGGGCUUUCUGCGAAGCCUGAUUUUCUGUGCAAACGCACGCACCUGCGCAGGACAAUGUCGGUCCAGCAGCCCGACCCACCCUGCAACCCCAAACCAGAGCGAGCACAGAGCCAGCCGGAGUCAGAUAAGGACCACGGUAGAGGAGGAGCAGGGGGAGGCGGAGGAGUUGGACAAAGUGCGUGGGGACGGGCCUCCAUGCAUCGUGGAGACACCACUCCCUGACACCAAGAUAGAGAUGGGAGGACUUCAGGAGGAAAUAAGAAGAGGAGAACAAAUGGGACUUAGUGUUCAGGGCCAAGUGUCUAAUGUACACAUCUGUCUACUGUACAUUAGACUUUGCUGGAAGUCCUCACAACCCAGCUUUGCCUCGUGCUGGGCUCUCUUCACUUUAAACUCUGAUGGAUUCUUUUUGUAAUGUGCUCUGUAGAUAAUUUCAGACUACUGAAUUUAAAACAGUUGCAAUGGAUGGCAAUUUUUUGGAAAUAAUUGUGUUGAGCUCAAAUGUUGUUUAAAUGUAAAAUCUGACCAGUGUAAUUAUCACAAUGAAUUUACUCACAUCUUGUAUUUAUGCACACAUAUAGUCCAGAGUUUUAAAAAAUGGGAUGAAAGUGGUGACUUUGCUCCAGCCUAAUAGGAAAGUUGAUCAUGUUGACUGACUCCUGCACUGAGCCCCUCUGCUAAUGUAAAUACCCAGCACACAUCCCCCAUGCUUUGGCCUCUGGACACAGAACCACUGUGACAUUUUAGGUUAAUCUCUACAUGCGUUCUGCGGCCUGCAGCGCUUGAGUAUCCAAUCUCUGCCUACAUUUUAUUCCCACUCUUUGAUGUUUCCUUCAAGUUGAGGGUGGUUUACCAUUCCUGCUUCACCUCCUGCUUCCCUUCCCCUUCAAACAUUAUGACAGAACCUGCAUCAUGACAGCCACCACAGCACUGGUCUACAGUCACCGAAGAGAUGUGGCAUGCACAGCUCAGCUCCUGAGGUCGCACUGUUGCACAAAAUCAGUGUAUUGUGCACAGUCGCUGCUUGUUGGUCAAAAGAUUAAAUAUUAUAAGUAAAAAAUAAAAGUGAUGUUUCACCUAAAAAUGUUUACAGAUUGUCAAAUGGUCGCGAUAAGUGAUGAGAACUUCUUGUAUGACUGUAAUUAGCUUUAUUAGCAGCUUUAGUUCUCUUGCUUGUUUGAUGCUGUAGCUUGAGACUCAAUGCCAAUUAAAAUGCCACCAGGAUGCGCUCGCAUCCAUUUAUUACAGCUGCACUGAAACUCAAGUAUUUAUGCUGAAAUCUGACAGUUUUGUGUACUUCAAGAUUUAUGUGGUUAUGUUUAUAAAUCUGUGCAAGUUGAGGAUAUUUUUCUAUCGAGAAAUACUGUAAAUAGAAAUAUUUUCAAUGUAUGUUUUUAGAGCUGUUUGUGUGAACAGUUAAAUUGU